AUGGCCCCAAUUCCACCGGCUGAUCUGGAUGGGGACAACCCUUCCUCCGAUGUUGGCGACAGUCAGGAUUCUCCGCUGCGCCGUCAGUUUUCGGAGCCCUUUCGCCCUCAAUCCACUUCUACUCAAAUGUCGCAGUCACCAGAGCCGAUCCAUCAAGUGAAGUGCGAUUGGUGCGGGAAGCUUUUGAUGCUCCCAAAUGACCAAAGUAUUACCGAAGAAGAUGUUCUCAAUGAUCACAUUAACGAAGCACACCCCAAAGCAAUUAGCUUCGGCUAUGAUGGUGCCGAAGAUGGUGCCGAUGAGACCUAUGACGAUACCGCCGACCUUCAGGAUGAUGACGUCGUUGAAGAAGAGGAAGAAGAAGAAGAGGCCGCAGCUGAUGCCGGCGCUGAUGCUGAGGCCGAGGCCGAUGUUGAUUCCGCUCGGCCUGAAGGGGUCGAACCUCAAGAAGGCGAAGAGAUUACGAUUGUCACCACAGAUGACGCAAAUGACACUCAACCAACUACAACUACAGUGAGUGUCAGCAAUGCGCCUGCAGAUAAGCUUGACCUGCUUGAGUGGCUCUCCAACCCGCGUGCAUCAUACCCAGAAGAAUAUCGCGCUCGCAUAGCCACAUGGAAGAGAGGCGACGUCAAAACGCGCCUCCAUCGAUUCUGGACUGUCCACGACACCGCUAGGUUCUCGCCUGAGUAUGAAACGGAUGCCGCCAAGCAUGAAUCCCAUUGGGACAGCGCUUUCCAUGACUCGUCGAAGCCCAAAAAGCGUGAUGCGGCUGAACCGCUCCCUCACGUUCUUCCCUACAAAAAGCCCAGAGUCGAGAAAGAUCAAUUCCUUGAACUCCAAAAUAAAGAGCUUGACAGCUUGGUGGAGAUGCUCCGCGCCCCCGAAAAAUACUCACCUGAGGAACUUUAUGCCAUCUCAGAAACUGCGGCGUUCGCCUUGAAAACACUUCAAGAUGAAUGGUUGGCCCUUGAUGCUCUUUACUUGAAAGCGAACCGCCACAAACGUGAUGAUGCAUCGUACGAGGCCAAGAAACAUCACUUGCAAGGCCACAAGAAAAAAGGUGGACCGCCUCUGGCUCGUGUCAAUGAAGAUAAGCUUGACUUUGAAGAGAAAAAAGAAGCAAUGCUAUAUGGGUACAAGCACACCUACUUCCCUAACAACACACCACUGGUCCCCAUCCGCAUACCCCAAGAUCCAUUUGUCCAAGGAGGCUUCGUCCCUACACCCGCACAGGCGAGGAAGAUGAUUGCGAAGCAGAAAGACUAUGGUGACCGAAACAUGGACAACUGGGAUACCAUGAAGAUACACGGGCUCGAGUAUCAUCCUCAAAUGUAUGAGCCUCGACGGGAGCCACUUGCCCCAAAAGUCACUCGGAAACGCAAGGCUGCAGAGGUCGAAUUGCCUGCCAAGGAUCCUGACACCGAUGAUGAUCAGAACAAUAGUGAGCCUGGAGAUGAAACCGAAGAAGAAGAUCAUCCGGCAAAGCGGCGAAACCGACCUCGCGGCGGCAAGCGGGCCGCUGCAGAAUCUUAUCACUCAGACAAUGCCCCUCGCCGUGGCGCUGGUCGCGGUCGCGGCCGCGGCCGAGGCCGAGGUAACGGUCGACUUGCCUCUUCUCGUGCAACAUUUGAGGUCACCCCGGUUCCUGCGACACAAACCUCAGGUCGUGGCCGAGGCCGACGUGGUGCCAGCACUCUUGGCUCGUCUGCAACUCCUUCGGCAGAAACUACCUUCCCUGUCACAGAACCAGUUGGCACAGAGAGCCCCACUGGACAAGCACAAGCACAACCCAAGAAAGAGACUCUCUCCGCCGAGGCGAUCGAGGAGGCCAGAAGACAGAAGAUUGCCAAUUCAAAGAACCCCAAGAGAACGAAAGCUAUGCUCGAUCACUGGGACCGGUUCAACCGAGAAGGACGCAUUCGCAACCCCAAGCGUUCCAAGGCUCAGAUUGAACAGGACCGAACUGUCGACGGCCCUGAAGAUUCCAUGCCAAACCCUAUGGGACCUGGCGGCCCCGGAAAUCACAACCGCUCACCCUCACUCGCCCCUCUUGCUGGCAACCUCGCCCCUAAGGGAUCCGGCUUGCCCUCAAUGGCGAGCGUGCAAGCACAGCAACACAUGCCUCCCACAUUCCCACCCAUGGGGGUGGCUCACUAUGGCCCCGGACCUGUAAACCCAUAUGGUCCUCCGCCACCUGGUCCCCCCAUGGCGCAAUUGGGGCAACCGAUGCCUCCUCAAUAUGCACCAUUCCCAUAUGUCCAAUACGGAAUGGGCCACCUCCCCGGCUCUCGCGACCCACGGGACCCACGCCAUUAA